GUAAGUCAACGCGAUCGCACUCGAAAGGGAUUCCAUUCAAAAAUUUAGUCAAGACAUCAACAUUAAGGAAAACCUACAACAACAAAAAGUGCUGUGAUAUACAUUUUUGUUUUUUUUUUUUCAUAAAAUUGAUUUACUUUUUCUUCUUGAUUAUUGUGCAAACCAAAAAAGGGAGAGGUUUGUGUGAAGAGUUUUCGAAAAGUUGAAAAUAUACUCAACGAAGACAAAAAUGGAAACCACAGAUUUGGGUAAAAAAUCCUUAAAUGUUGAAACAUCAACAUCAUCAUCUUCGCCAAAGGAAAAUGAACAAAAUACCUCAAAUUCAGAUUCUGGAAAGGUCAAAAGAGAAGCAAGCUGGCCUUCAGUUUUAUUUUAUAUUCAUUUAAAUAUUCUUGGCCUUUAUGGUAUUUUCGUCCUUUUAACAAAUACAUCGAUUUUGACAAUUUUGUUUACUUUGGUAUUAAGUUUGAUGGGAAUUUUGGGUGUAACAGCUGGAGCACAUAGAUUAUGGGCCCAUAAGACAUAUGAAGCGACAUUUUCAUUGAAAGUUUUUCUUAUGAUCUGCCAAACGUUAGCUGGACAGGGUCCAAUCUACAACUGGGUGCGUGCUCAUCGUCUACAUCAUCAAAAGUUCCGUACAGCCGAUGACCCUUACUACAGUUCGACGGAUUUCUUCUCGGCUCAGGUACGAGCCCAAAUUGAGAGCUUGACCCCUGAGCAAGAGAAGCUUUUAGCCACAGUUGAUAUGUCAGACUUGGAGGCUGAUAAAGUAGUGAUGUUCCAAAAGAAGUUCUAUUGGGUUUUGUACUUCUUCUUGCACGUCUUGUUGCCAAUCAAUGCCCCCUUGGAAUACUGGGGUGACACCAUUCCAGCUGCCAUAUUCGUCACAUUCUCUCUGCGCUACUUGAUUGUUUUGAAUGUUUGUUGGCUGAUAAAUUCAGCACACUUCGUGUGGGGAUUGAAUAAGAACUUCAAGCCUUCAGAUUCGAAUAUGAUAUUUAUCAUCACCAAGAGCUAUUGGCCACACUAUCACUACCUUCUGCCCUGUGAUUAUCAAACUGGGGAAUUCGGAGACUAUGCUGAAGGCUGUACCACAGCUUUCGUUCGAGUAUUUGCUGCCUUAGGAAUGGCAACUCAACUGCAGACCAUUACCACCGAAGCUGUGAGGAAGGGACUGACGACAGCGGUCGAAAGUGGUAAAUCAAUUGUAGACUGCAUUAAGGAAGCAGCUGUGGUUGAGCAAGCAAAACUCCCAGAGGACCAUUAUCUGGAUAAGAGCAAAUUUUUGGAAUAUUUAAAGCAAGCAGCUGGAAGUUCUUUCGAUGGGAAAUUUGAGAGAAGGAAAUAUGACUAGAGAUCUUGAGAGAGAGACUGAGGCUAUAUUUUCAAAAUUAUGGAACAUAAAAUAAAUUAACAACAAAAUCUUUGUGUACCAUUGA